AUGCGAAAAAGCCAUUCAGUAUGUGUGCGCGAAACUACGCCAGCUGAAUGCAGAUGCAUUGAUGUGACUUUCCCGAUUGACGACGCCCUGCUGAUACAGCUGCUCCGCAACGCAAUACAGAGAGUGCAGCAGCAAGGGCGAAAUGCGACAAUUGCUAUGUUCGAUACCGUGGUCACUUUUCCUGGAGUACGCCUGCCAUGGGAGGGACUCGUGAAGGCUUGCCAGGAUCUGAAUGUCUUGAGUCUCAUUGACGGCGCUCACGGUAUCGGUCACAUCGACUUGACACAUCUAGCACGCGUGGAUCCCGACUUUUUCACCAGCAACUGCUACAAAUGGCUCUACACGCCCCGGGCAUGCGCCAUAUUCUAUGUCCCAUUUCGCAACCAACACCUCAUACGUUCCACGAUCCCCACCUCAGACAGCUUCGAGGCCAAAAUGGAAGACAAUGUCGACACAAAAGACGAUAUUGAUGGCAUGUCAAGUGUUACCCAAGGCCCCAGCCGUUUUGGUGAUUUAUUCAAAUGGGCAGCCACAAUCGAUCAAACGCCAUAUCUCUGCGUCCCAGAGGCAAUCAAGUUUCGCACAGACGUAUGCGGUGGCGAGGACAAGAUCAGGUACUAUUGCUUCAAUCUUGCUCGCGACGGCGGACAUUCACUUGCAAAGAUUCUUGGCACGGAAACCAUGCAGAAUUCAGAGGACACGCUAGGCCAGUGCUGCUUCACCAAUGUGCGAUUACCUCUACUAUUCAAUACGGAGCGUCAAGGCGGCUUGAAAUGUGCCGAAGGACCCGACGUCGUCAAAUGGAUAAUGGAUCGUGCGCUGUGUGAAUUCAACACGUGGAUCCCCGGGAAAUACUAUGCUGGAGCUGUUUGGGUGCGUCUCAGCGCUCAAAUCUAUCUCGGGAUUAAAGAUUUCGAGUGGGCUGCAGGCGUGCUGCAGGGGCUGUGUGAACGAGUAACAAAAGGUGAAUGGCGUUCGCCGCUUGAGAAAGUACUUUGA